AUGGAGGAUCUUCAGCGAGAGUUGGAGGUUGUGACCUGUCCGAAGCCCUGCAUGUCUGUGGAGAUCCAGACGGAAGGCGAUGCUGAAGCAGUGCCAGAGGAUUGCGCGGAUCGCUGGUUCUCUGGCUUUGUUGACACACUUCCGACCCGCAAUGCUUCCAACGCGAAGGUUGUCAACGAGCUGAGCGCAGAGGCAGCGAGCUCCAGCGACUCUGACUCCGACGGCAGCGAGGAGGCCGCCUGCAAGCCAGAGCGGCAGAUACGCCGACGUUCAACCGCCAGUCGGACCCUCAUUCAGCAAGUCACAGCGAGGUGGGGGGGGAGGCAUUUUUGUUUGCCUUGCCUUCACCUUUGCACAGUCCUUUUGGGCAUGCACUCUUGA